GACAUCAUGAAGUUAUUGCAAGACCCGGCUUGUUCCCGGUUGGCAGACGGAAAAGUUGUUUUCAAUAACAACCUUGAGAUAUACUGUCAUGGCAUCUCCGCUGAGGAGUCUGGUUUAUGGUGAAAGCCGUUACCAGAAGGCCUUCGAUCUUUGUGUGGAGCGUUCUUCAGAACUUCAGUGUAUGCUUGAUUUUAUUCACAACAUCCUGCCAGACAUACUGACCAGCAUUGGAAACGGAAAAUCACAUCUUAAUGUAAUAGCACUUGGAAGUGGUGAUGGUAAGAUUGACUUGGAGAUUUUCUCAGAGCUGCAUCUCAAGCACCCUGGAGUGACUGUGGUCCAUGAGGUGGUGGAGCCAAGCAGCCAGCAGCUUGAUAGUUACAAAGCCCUCGACACUCAAGCCAUCGCUUUAACUGAACAUUUUUAUGUUCUUCCACAUCUUUACCAGUGAAUUUGGCACCAGGGACAUCAUUUUUGACAGAAUUGGUAGGUUUAGCCCCCCCAAAUACACACAAAUAAGGAUUAACGGUAAUGAUAAUGAAAAAAAACAUUAACUUUGAGACCCAGCAUCUACAGAUGUAGGCAUCACAUUUUGGGUCAUGAAAGCCACACUUGUAUAACAAAUGUUGAUAUUAGUGACUAUUUUGGGUCAUGAAAGCCACACUUGUAUACCAAAUCUUGAUACGAGUGACUGCAUGACCCAAAAUGUGAUGUCCAUG